UUACGGGAGGUGGGGAUGCCAGCAGACUUUGUGAACAAGCUGGCACGCAUGUUCCAGGACAUCAAGGUCUCUGAAGAUCUCAAUCAGGAGUUCAAAGAACUCCAUCAAGGUGCCAUAGCUGAGACGAUAAACAUCAAGAUCCUGAAUGGUGGAGCUUGGUCUAGGGGAUCAGAACGUGUUGCUGUGUCUUUACCCAUGGAACUGGAAGACUACAUCCCUGAGGUGGAAGAGUUCUAUAAGAGCAAGCACUCAGGACGCAAGCUUCAGUGGCAUCAUCAUAUGGCCAAUGGCACUAUCACAUUUGGGAAUGCAGUGGGGCGCUUUGACCUGGAUGUGACCACAUUCCAGAUGGCUGUCCUGUUUGCAUACAAUCAGCGUCCGCAUGAUAAAAUCUCGUUGGAGAACCUUCGCCUUGCCACUCAGCUUCCUGAUGCUGAAUUGAGGAGGACACUAUGGAGCUUGGUGUCAUUCCCAAAGGUGAAGCGUCAGGUUCUUCUCUAUGAGCCAGAAGUCAGCAGUGCCAAGGACUUUACAGAGGGGUCUCUCUUCUGGGUGAACCAGGAGUUUGCCAUUGUGAAGAAUGGGCGAACACUCCCACGUGGACGUCUCAACCUCAUUGGGCGCCUCCAGCUGAGCACUGAGCGUAGCCUUGAGGAGGACAAUGAGGGUAUAGUCCGCCUAAGGAUCCUCCGCACACAGGAAGCCAUCGUUAAGAUCAUGAAAAUGCGCAAGAGCAUUACCAAUGCCCAGCUCCAGACAGAGCUGGUGGACAUUCUCCGAAACAUGUUCAUCCCGUCCCGCAAGCUGAUUAAGGAGCAGAUUGAGUGGCUCAUUGAGCAGAAGUAUAUCCGUCGCCAUGAGUCAGACAUGAACACAUUUGUCUACAUUGCUUGAGGAGAAAAUGAAAUCUCAUGAUGCAGAUGUAAUGUGAUGAGGUAAAUCAUCUCUCUCUGACUGGAGAUCGGUCAACCUACAUGGAAGCAGGAUAUUGGAAAAUAUUUAUCCAGAAUUUGCAAGAUUCAGUUGGUUGGAGGCUAAGCAGCAAGCAGCCAUGCCUGGAUACUGUUUCAGAGGAAUAAAGGAUAUUUUUUAUCCCCCGAAAA